AUGCCCGGUAGGAGGGCUGGGAGGAGGCGGUGCCAGCACAUCCCUGCACCGGACUCUCCCUGGCUGGCCGCCCGUGUGAUGGAGAGCCGCCCGGUGUGUGCCCGGUGAUGGAGCUGUCCGUAUGGCCCAGGCUAAUACCAGCGGCGGGGGGACAUCGGGGGGACGCGGGGAGCUGUCCCUGGAGGAGGUGCUGAAAUCGUACGAGCAACCCAUCAAUGAGGAGCAGGCGUGGGCCGUGUGCUACCAGUGUGCCCGGGGACUGGCAGAGGGAUCCCUGGCACCCAGAAACAGGAUACGGGACCCGGCAUCUCUGCUGCUUCACCGGGAUGGGACAGUUACCGUGGUACUGGAGAACCAGGGCGCCCCGGGGACUACUGAGAGUACCCCCCUUUCAUCACUCACAGAGACGCAGAUGGUGCAAUGUCUGGGGUUUACCAUAUACCGGGCACUGGACUGGGGGCUUGAUGAGAGUGAGGAGCGAGAGCUCAGUCCUCAGUUGGAGCAGCUCAUUGACCUCAUGGCUGCCAGCGACUCCGAGGUAGUCAUGACAGAUGAGGGCUAUGAAGGUACAGAAGAUGAAGAUGAAGAUGGUCCUCCCAAGGUGGUACGGAGCUUUUCAGCAGUCCUGCGCUUCUGUGCAUCCCAUCUCCCAGAGCCUCAGGAGGCACCCGUCCACUACCAGGCUGUAUGUAGAGCACUGUUUGCAGAGACUGUGGAACUUCAAGCUUUUCUCCAAAAAAUAAGGGAAGCCAAAACGAUCCUGACAAAGAUGAAAGUGGAGGAGGCAGAACCAGAUGGACUUGUAAACCUGCAGAACACAGACUGGGCACGUUUGUGGGUGCAGCUGAUGAGGGAUCUGCGACAUGGGGUACAGCUGAAAAAGGUACGGGAGAAGACAUUUAACUCUUUGCCCACUGAAUACCAGCUUACUCCAUUUGAGAUGCUUAUGCAGGACAUCAGGGCACGAAACUACAAACUCCGCAAGGUUAUGGUUGGGGGAGACAUCCCUCCCAAGGUCAAGAAAGACGCACAUGAAUUAAUUUUGGACUUCAUCAGAUCUCGUCCUCCUCUGAAGCCGGCUUCUAAACGGAAUCUUCCCCCAUUGCCUCUCAGACAAAGAACUCUCCAUGAAAAGAUUCUGGAGGAGAUAAAGCAAGAACCUAAAUUGCGUCCUGUGCAGACUGAAAGGCGAGGUCAGAAAGGAUUUGGCUCACUCCCAUGUAUUGUGGAUGUUUACUCAACUGAUAUGAAGUCAACAUCUUGUAUUAACCUCUCAGUUGCGGAAAAUGUGGCACCACGAGCACGUCCCCGUGUCCUACUCAAGGCCCCCACGCUGGCAGAAAUGGAAGAGAUGAAUUUGUCUGAGGAAGAUGAGUCUCCCAAUUCUGAGCUGCGGCGGGUGACAAGUGCUCCAUUACCACUAAAACGUGACCGCUCGUUCUCGGAGCAGGACCUGGCACAGCUACAAACUGAGAUGGGGCACAGGCCACAGAGGGAAAUGACUCAGGAACAACAAGGACCAGAGUCCCGGGCUCGAUCAGGCAGCAUGAACAUCCCACACAGACCAUUGUAUCGGAAUCUGAGGAGUUAUUCAGACUAUGCUAGCUCUGGAUUCCCUUCACCCAGCCGUACCUCCCUCAGCUCUGUGCAGGAGAGGGCAGAACCAGAGUCAGCCUUAGACAGCAGUUCCAGGCAUCGUUGGCUGGAGUUCAGUCACCCAGUGGACACAUUGGCGUUAACUGUAGAAGAGGUUAUUAACGUGCGCCGGGUGCUUGUGAAGGCAGAGAUGGAGAAGUUUCUUCAGAGCAAAGAGCUGUACACUAACCUAAAGAAAGGAAAGGUUUGCUGCUGUUGCCGAACAAAAUUCCCUUUGUUCUCUUGGCCUGCAAAUUGUCUAUUCUGUAAAAGGUCUGCUUGUGGUUCCUGCAGUGUUAAGAUGAAGCUCCCUGCCAAGAAGCUGGGGCACAUUCCAGUCUACAGUGUGGGGUUUGAGAGUCCCCAAGGAGUGAUCAGCACAAGUGGAAACUCUCACAAAAAGCGAGACAUCUUCCAGUCCUGCAGCGGCUUGUCCUGGAAGAAUGUAGAAGGUCAGUUCCCCCACAUCUAUGCUCAGGGUGCUGUUCUGAAGGACGUGUGUUCCGAUUGUGCAAGUUUCAUCCGUGAUGUGAUCUGCUCCAGCCGAAAAAGUGUGGACAUGCUAAACACCAGACCCAGACCUGCGUCCUCUCAUCCUCAAUAUCGGACAGUCAAGAAACUUUAAUAAAAUUCAGCAGCACCUUCUACCCUAUGUCCACCUUUUCCUCAUGCUAAUAUAGAGCCCCCUGGGAGAAAGAACAAGUGUUAAUACCUCCCAAUCCAGGUGUUUCUAACAUGUUGAAUAUACAUUUUACUGACUUCUACUGUAUUAAUCAAUAAGGAGAAUAUCUCAGCUGGUUUUGUCACUAGUCUCUAAGAUGUUAGUUUAGGAAGACCUGACCCAUCUGCAGUUUUGCUAUGGAACAGUAUUAUAGUAAUGGAUAGAAGGAGGGGGCCGCUUUAAUUUACUGUAACUGUAGUUAGGUUCUAAGCUUCUAAGGAAUGUCAGCUGGAUCAAUGUAUCUUAUCAGUUCCCAUACUGCUCCUAAAAACAUGGAGCAAGAAAGGCCUGGAGAUUAUCCAUGUAGGUCUUCUCUCUUGUGCAAACUAUAGACAUAUUUUACAUACUUAUUUCCCCUGAUAAAGCAUUGACCUAAAGCUGGAUCUCCACAAAGACAAUCAUUUCCUAUUGUGAUGCAUUAAACACUUCUGGCAAUUUUCUAAUAUGUGCACAUAUAUAAGUAAAAAUGAAUGUAGCUGCCAUUUACUGGAGAGAGUGGUCAGCAGGUGAUGAGGGUCGAGGAGAAUUGGGAAUUCCUGCAGCAUCCCAUUGUGCACAGUUGCUUCUCUGGUAAGGUCAUUGUUCUAGGAACAGUUUCUUAAGGUCUCCGAAUAUUCAAUGGUUUAUAACUUGUAACUUGUGGGGAUCCAGCUAUUCUGCUAAAUUGUCAACAGUUACAUGAAUCAACAUUUUACAAGUAUGCUGAAAAGCACUUUAGCAAUAUAGGCCAAGAUUUAAAGGAACUGUAGAGAUUGCAGCACCUAGAUGACAGAAUGCACCUCUAGAAGCUUUUACUUGAGUUAGAAUGAAUAAUUCCACAAAAUGUUAUUUACAUGAGGUUCCACCAUGAUCUGUUCUCUACGGCUAUAGUAUCAUAGAUACCUCAGUAUAAUCAUGAUAACCUUAUCAUCUGCAUAGAUAUUUUUUCUGCUGCACUCAGUGUAACCAGUAGAGGAAGGAGGCAGUCACUGACAACUCAGUAGGAGGUGAAGGUGUCAUGUCCUUGAGGUAGCAGAAGUAGACCAGGAGAACCCCUGAGAACUCUAUAUCACAAGGUCUCAUGUACGUAAGAUUUUGGAUGUAGAUCAUCUAUACUAACACAUAAGCAAACACUACAUUUGUGCUUUCUGUCCAGAGUGACACUUUAAGGCAUGGAUAUUCAGAGGACAAGUUUAGUCACACUCAACCUAAUGCAAACCUUAAAGUAACUUGCAUUGUCCCCAUUGCAUGUAGAAGCCUGUAAAUCCACAAGCCCUAAUUUGCCUUUAAUGCUGAACUUAAAUGGCAAGUUACCACAUCUGCUUCUCCUAACUCCCUGUUGUUAUACACAGACUUUAUCACUACUGCUGAACUGCUAUAUGGACUGCAUAUAAAGACACAGGACCGUAAUAUGAAAAUGUACAGGUGCGCCGACUGAGAUUUAACCCCUUCAGGACUUGCAAAGCUGAUUGACUGUUGCAGGGCAACAUUUCUCCAGCCUCCAGCAGUCCUUAGGUGGUUAAAAUCCUAUUUUUGUAAGAAAAUAAAAAAAAUGUAUAAAUACCAAAAAAAUUCAAAGACUGAAUGAUUGUGUAAAUAUAUAUAUAUAUAUAGAAUGUAUAUGUAUCUUGGAUAACUGCAUAUCUCAAAUAGCACUCAUCAUACAAUGUUGCACUGCAGUAAAAAUCUUUUUC